AAAGGAAAAACAAAACGAACAACCGGAAUCAGACUAUCACAGAGAGAAGCAAAGCAAAGAAAGAGAAAGGAGGAGAGAGAACGAGAAGAGAGAAAGAGGAGAGAGAGAGACGCCAUUGGAGGACCAAUAGAGCAGUUUUCUUAGAGGGAGAAAGAGGAGAGGGUUUUCCGGGUGGUGAUGACGAUGGACAGAGAGAAGGAGAGAGAGAUAGAGCUCGAGAGUGCAAUGUACACUAACUGCUUGCUGUUAGGGCUGGAUCCGGCCGUCAUCGGCGUCGGAGGCGCCAACGGAACCCCUCGCGUUGGCCUUUUCCGUCACUCGAACCCUAAGUUGGGAGAACAGCUCCUCUACUUCAUCCUCUCCUCCCUCAGAGGACCAAUUCAAUCCGCCAAAGAUUUCGAUAAGGUUUGGCCAAUCUUCGAUUCGGCGCAAUCACGCGAUUUCAGAAAGGUCGUGCAAGGGAUUAUUAGCGAGCUUGAAACGCAAGGGGCGCUUCCGAGAAGCAAUUCGAGGGUUUCAUCCCUUGCUACGUGCUGUGGACCUAGAUUUGUGGAACUCUUGUGGCAACUUUCUUUGCAUGCUUUGAGAGAGGUCCACAGAAGAACCUUUGCGGCUGAUGUGGUUUCUAAUCCACUUCCAGCUCCAUUGACAGAUGUUGCCUUUUCCCAUGCAGCUACGCUACUCCCUGUAACUAAGGCUAGAAUUGCCCUUGAACGAAGGAGGUUUCUUAAGAAUGCAGAAACAGCAGUACAACAGCAGGCUAUGUGGUCAAAUUUGGCUCAUGAAAUGACUGCAGAGUUUCGAGGUCUUUGUGCUGAAGAGGCUUAUUUGCAGCAGGAGCUUGAAAAAUUACAUGAUUUGAGAAACAAAGUGAAGUUGGAAGGAGAACAUUGGGAUGACCUUGUUUCUAGUUCAAGUCAGAAUUCUCAUUUAGUAUCAAAAGCUACUCGUUUGUGGGAGUCUAUAUUAUCCCGCAAAAAUCAACAUGAGGUUCUUGCUUCUGGCCCUAUUGAGGACUUAAUAGCUCAUCGGGAGCAUAGGUAUCGCAUAUCCGGAUCUUCUUUACUUGCAGCUAUGGAUCAAAGUUCUCAGGUUCCUUAUGCAGAUGCCUCAACUGUCCAGUCCGGUGAUCACACUCCAUCACAUCUGGAAGACAAAGAUCAAAUUGAUGGGUCAUAUAUCAAUAUGAACGGGGAAAAGAUGAAAAACAGUUUGGAUUCAUCUCUUACACAGGUAAAUGAGGAAACACUUUCUCGAGCAGACGAAAGAAGUGGAAGGGUCCAUGCAACUGUAGAUGUGGCAGAAAUUAUCAGGCGCUGGACACAUGCUUUACAGCGUAUUCAUAAACAGUCACUCUAUUUGGCAAAAGCUAAUGAUGGAGAAGGUCCAGAAAUCUUACGAACUGCGCAUGAUGGUGGUUCGAGUGGCCAUGCUGAAUCUUUAGCUGUUACGCUUGCAGAACAUCAGCAACACUUUGCUAGCUUUCAGGUACUAAUCAACCAGCUAAAAGAAGUUGCUCCAGCAAUUCAGAACUCAAUAUCAGAUUGUACAGAGAAAGUAAAUAGUAUUUACUCCAAUCUUCCUCCAGUGGUUAAACGUCCUGGUCGUUCAACCUCACCUAUUCAAGCGCAAAGCAGUGGGAGGACAUUGGAAAGUGGUACGGAUGAUACUGCUGAGGUCACUUCAAAAAUGUCUACCAUUCAGCUUGACAAGGUUUCAGCCAGUUCUCCUGCGUUAAAGCUCCCACAAUUAUUUACUUUGACGCCAAAUUCUUCUGGAAAGGGUGGAAACAUGCAGAAGCGUUACACUUCAGCUCCUCAAAACAACCAUGUAGAAAACCCGGCAGAAAGGAAAUCUGUGGAACAGCCUUUGCCAAGCAAUCACGAAGAUAAUCUACCACAAGAUAGUGAUAUUACAUACGUUCAUAAUUUAAAGAGAUCUGUUAGAGAAGCUGCUUUGUCAACAAAAUCUUUCAGUUUAGAGCCAUCACGAGAUAGUCAUUCAGAAGAAAGCUCCGAACACUUCUUUUUACCCCUUUCAGGAUCUGGUUUUUCCCGUCUUGGCCCUGAAUCCAAGGGGCCUUCAAUGAGGGGUAAAAGGUUGUUUGCAUCUCAGACAGAUUCUUCCUUGCUCAAAAAUCAUGUCUCUGAUGGUCAUAGUGAAAGCAAGUAUGAUGAUUUUUCUGACAUGUUGAAUGGUCUGGAUUCUUUUCGUGAUUAUGACCGAGUAAAUGGAUUCCUCUCGGUUUCUGGCUCAAAUGGUUCUGCCUCUGAUGGACAAAGAUUAUUUUAUGACAUUGACGAAGCUCAGGAUCAGGUCUUUUCACCUCCUCUGCUAAUGGAUUCCUCACUGUUGGCAGAUUCUUAUGAAGACUUGCUUGCUCCACUCUCAGAAACUGAAACGGCCUUGAUGGAGCAUUGAAAUGAAAAUCUUUUGAGGAAGCUUGUGGAAGAGAUGAUCUGGUCACUGACUCACCGUCAACGUGAUAAUUUUGGUUGCCGUCACUCUAAAUAUUCAUCGUCACGCGUAUUUCUCUCAUAUGACAGUGCAUAUAGCUCUCUCUCUGUUCCUCUUGAUAUACUGUACAUUUUUGGUCGUUGUGCAUGGUUGACGGGAGGAAAUAUGAACAGACUAUCUGUACGUUUACAGAUGCUUCAUAGCCAUGCGGAAACUCAAAGUAUGUUACAUUGCUAGUCAGACUGAAGCCUUGGAAUCCAAAAUCCAAAUCCCCAACCAGAUGAACGUGGUAGGCAGAAAAAUUCUUGAGAUUUUUUCCCUCAAAGUUGUCCUUUGAGGAAAAUGCUAUGUGCAACUCCUUAUAAAUUGAAAAAGAGAAUUUGCAAUUUCUUAGCCUGAUGGGUUCAGGUGGGCUCCUUUUUCUCUUUUACCUUGUUGUUAUUGGACUGAUUUUACAAAAUACUGAUAAUUGUGUAUUACAUGUAUGAUGUAUCUAUCUGAAACGUCUUUUGCUGAU